AUGCUGUCAAAGCGCACAUUGCAACAAUUCUAUUACCCUGCCACAGCACGCCUCUACUCCUCUGUUCAAACCGCUGCUGAUAAGGACCCGCCAACUGUUGGCGUCCUAACACGAGUUGCCAAUGCUGUUAAAUCAACUUUCACGCCAGGAUCGUACUCCACACCAGCCGCAGACUUUGGAAAAGCAACAACAUGGAAUGAAGCCCUCAAGGAAGCAGAAGCCUUGGUAGUAGAAAAGAGAGGCGGACCUGUUGUUGAUACAAAGCAAUUGGUCGGUGAUGAUCUCAAAGACCUCAAACACAACAUCAUGAAUCUCUUGGGAAGUGGGCAUCCCAUGCUGGACACUGUCAGCAAAUACUAUUUCCAAGCUGAUGGCAAGCAUAUUCGUCCACUGAUCAUCUUGCUGAUUGCUCAGGCUACGUCUUUAGCUCCCAAAAAAGUUCAUGUCAGCGUCAAAGACUCAUAUGAGGAGAUUGACACGCCCAUUUCAGAAUUGAGCAGCUUUCCUAUCCCAACAUUAGGCAGCAUUGGCGACAGUAAAGCCACUAUCAGUAACGGUGUCUACGCUCCUAAAUAUAACGAUGCAGAUCAGACCUUUAUCCUUCCAUCACAGCGUCGUCUGGGUGAGAUUGUAGAGAUGAUUCAUACUGCCUCAUUACUGCACGAUGAUGUGAUCGAUAUGGCGGACAAGCGUAGAAAUCUGCUCUCCGCUAAUGAGAGUUUCGGCAACAAGAUGGCUGUCUUGGGAGGUGAUUUCUUGCUGGCACGUGCCUCCAUUGCAUUGGCAAGACUUAGGAACCACGAAGUCACAGAGCUAAUUUCAACUGUCAUUGCCAAUCUGGUAGAGGGCGAGUUUAUGCAGCUUCGCAACGGGCAGGUUGAAAAUGGCAGGCAACGUAAAAAUGGCAAUGGUAGGAUGACGACAUUUGAAUACUACAUGGAGAAGACUUACAUGAAAACUGCAAGUCUGAUCUCCAAAAGCUGUCGAUCCUCUGCGGUUCUGGGAGGCGCGUCGGAUGAAGUAUGUGACAUCGCCUACACAUAUGGCAAAAACAUUGGAAUGGCUUUCCAGCUUGUCGACGACAUGUUAGAUUUCACAGUAAGCUCAGAUGAGUUUGGCAAGCCUGCUGGUGCAGAUUUGAAGCUUGGUCUAGCUACAGCGCCUGUGCUAUUUGCAUGGGAAGAAUAUCCUGAGUUGGGCAAGUUGAUCAAACGGAAUUUUGAUCAGGAGGGAGAUGUCGAGACAGCAUGGGACUUGGUUUUGAAGAGUCGGGGUCUAGCUCAGACCCGUAUGUUGGCUCAAAGUCAUUGUCAAAAAGCAAUUGCCGCUGUCAAUCAAUUGCCAGACUCCUUGGCCAAGGUGGCACUCAUUCAAUUAACGGAGAAGGUCCUUGAUCGCAAAAAAUAA